AUGCGCCCAAAGGCCAAAACGAGAAAGGAACCGUCUGAACGGACGCGCAACCUCAGACAUGGUGCAACAAGCAAUGUUGCUGGCGAAGCAGCUACUACCGAAGAAUCUGCCAAAUCACGCGUCACCAAAGCAGUGAGUGAUUUAGCACUUCGUACAGCUGCAGCGACGGGUCAGCAAAAAGCCGGUAUUGCCAAGAGACAAGGGAAACUCACGUCAAAACAGCAACGGCGGAAACAUCAGCAGCGGGAGAAGGGAAUUGCGUUUGAGGCGAAGGUAGAUGUCAAAGCCGAUGCGUAUAAACGAUCGCAAGAGAGCAUCAAGCAGCGGGCGAGUGGAUGGGAAGUCGUCAAUGAACGGGCAGAAGAGGAAAAGGAAGAGACGCAAGCCAAGUUUCUGGCAUUGCAAGAGGAAGUACGGCUGCAGCGUGAGCGUGAAGCGCUGGAUGGUCGUGUACAAGAGCCUGUUGUUACUACGACGCCUGCAAGUGCAGACGAUGAUGAGGAAGAGCUAUGA